GGUAAAGAGAGGAAAAGUAAACGAAAGUCCCACAUCUUCUUCCUGGUUUCCUUCUGCCAAUGGUGACCGCCAGACCGGUCUUUACCAACCAGCCAACACGAGAGCUGUCGCCCAAACCUGAUUAUUAUUUAACUAAUUUCUUGAUCUCUCUCCCCUGAAACCCUAGCUUGACCCCCAAUCAUUUUCCUUAGCAAAGGCUCGCUACGACUCUGCAACCCCAGAGAGAGAGAGAGAGAGAGAGAGAGAGAGAGAGCAGAAUGAAGAAGGGAAGCUUAAUGCAUAACCUCAAGCUCACUCUCCCUCCUCCCGAAGAGGCGUCCUUGGCCAAUUUCCUGACUCAGAGCGGUACGUUUAUGGAUGGAGAUCUGCUCGUGAACAGGGACGGGGUUCGGAUUGUCUCUCAGAGCGAAGUUGAAGCUCCACCCCCCAUCCAGGCAGCAGACAACCAGUUGAGUUUAGCAGAAUUAGACACGAUUAAAGUUAUUGGAAAAGGAGCUGGCGGAAUUGUGCAAUUGGUGCAGCACAAAUGGACUGGCCAGUUUUUUGCAUUGAAGGUCAUUCAAAUGAAUAUUGAUGAGGCUUACCGCAGGCAAAUUGCUCAGGAAUUGAAAAUUAAUCAGUCAGCACAAUGUCCAUAUGUUGUUGUCUGCUACCAGUCUUUCUAUGAUAAUGGUGUCGUUUCAAUCAUCUUAGAGUACAUGGACGGUGGAUCUCUGUUAGAUCUUUUGAAAAAGGUUAAAACAAUUCCAGAGCUAUAUCUUGCUGCCAUCUCUAAGCAGGUGCUAAAGGGCUUGCUGUAUCUUCAUCAUGAAAAACACGUAAUCCAUAGGGACUUAAAACCUUCUAAUUUGUUGAUAAAUCAUAGAGGCGAAGUCAAGAUUACUGACUUCGGUGUGAGUGCAAUACUGGAAAGCACCUCUGGGCAGGCAAAUACUUUUGUUGGCACAUAUAACUAUAUGUCUCCAGAGAGAAUUAUUGGAGGCAACUAUAACAGUAAAAGUGACAUUUGGAGUUUGGGACUAGUACUGCUCGAGUGUGCAACAGGUCAAUUCCCAUUUAUACCACCAGAGCAGGGUGAAUUAUGGACUAACUUCUAUGAGCUCAUGGAAGCUAUUGUUGAAAAACCACCACCUUCUGCACCUUCAGAUCAAUUUUCUCCGCAGUUCUGCUCAUUUAUUUCUGCAUGUGUACAAAAAAAUCCAGAAGAUAGACAGUCAGCACAUGAACUUAUGGCUCACCCUUUCAUCAAUAUGCAUGAAGACUUGGACAUUGAUCUCAAGUCUUACUUCACCAGUGCAGGAUCUCCACUUGCAACCUUAUAAUACUUAUCCGAGUUCCGACUUGCAAACUACUAGCCUAUAUAACUGAGAAUGAAAAAGACAGCUUGCCAGAAGUUUUGAAGACAUGGUGAAUGAUUUUUAGUGGUCUGUGACUGGAAUAAAGGGAAUCUCGAGCCCACCGGCAAGCACCAUGGUAUUUUUAAGGGUUGGGAGGCGGAGCAUCCCAACCCUGAACAUUUGGAAUGUGAAGAGGAAAAGUAUGAUAGAGUUGAGGUUUAUGAUUUCAAGAACAGGCAGUGUUUGUGUACUUGCCUGAGAUAUCGCAGAAUGUGAUCUGUUGGUUAAACCUAUAGAAAUAAUGACACUGCGAAAUUAUCCUUGAGGAACCUGAUAAGAUUUGUCUAGAACUGUCUACUUGUUUUUAAAAAAAGAAAGUAAAAUUAUUUCUUGUUUUUA